GCCUGAACGCCCCAAACUUCUUGCGGUACUCCUCUCUCAAUUCAACCGCAUCAGGCCGCUGGCAGACGGACCUUCUGCUGAGCGAGCUUCCGUCGUAACUUUCAAAAUGGACCUGAUAACAUCUUCAGUUUUAUUUUUCCUUCAUGUAGUCACCGUGAGGUGUAACCCCGGGCCGUUCGUGGAUGUUGUUGUCGACCGGUACGAAAUACCGAAAGUUUGUCCUCGAGAAGUGCAAACAGAGGAUUUCAUCCGCUAUCAUUUCAACGGCACCUUCUUUGAAGACGGGAAGAAGUUUGACUCCAGUCAUGACCGAGGCAAAGCCUUUGUCAGCCAGGUCGGCCUGGGCAGACUCAUCAUGGGGAUGGACCGUGGUCUUCAGGGCAUGUGUGUCAACGAACGCAGGAGGAUCACUGUCCCCCCACACUUGGCCUAUGGAAGCAUAGGAACAGGUGGUGUAAUUCCUGCUGACGCUGUGUUGGUGUAUGAUGUCCUCCUGUUGGACAUAUGGAAUCCCGAGGACAAGGUCCAGAUCCGCACCAUCAGCAAACCUGAAAGCUGCAACCGCACGACCGUGGCAUCAGAUUUUGUUCGUUACCACUAUAACGGCACUCUGCUGUCCGGUGAAGCCUUUGACUCCAGUUACUCGAGGAACAACACCUACAACACCUACUUGGGACAGGGUGACCUCAUCAAAGGCAUGGACGAGGGUCUUCUGGGCAUGUGUGUCGGAGAGAGACGGAUCAUCAUUGUCCCACCUUUCCUGGCAUAUGGAGAGGAUGGAUACGGAACACUGGUCCCUCCUCAGGCCACGCUGGUGUUUGAGGUGCUGCUGGUUGACAUGUUCAACCCCAAGGACGAUCUGAUUGUGGAGGUGAAGGAAGUGCCUGAAGGCUGCACUCGUAGGACGGUGACUGGAGACUAUAUCCGCUACCACUACAAUGGCACCUUCCAGGAUGGCACGGCCUUUGACUCGAGCUACCAGCGAAACAGCACCUACAACACUUACAUUGGGAUGGGAUAUGUGAUCCAAGGGGUGGACAAAGCUCUGUUGGGGUUGUGUAUAGGAGAGAAAAGGAGGAUUACAGUUCCUCCUCACAUGGCGUAUGGUGAAGACGGAGUUGGAGACCUUAUUCCUGGCUCUGCUGUGCUGGUCUUUGACAUUCACGUCAUUGAUUUCCACAACCCGAAAGACCCGGUCGAGAUUAAAGUUACCCACAAGCCUCAGGAAUGCAACAUGACCAGCGAAACUGAUGAUCUGAUUCAGUACCGUUACAACUGCUCCCUGAUGGACGGCACCCUGCUGUACUCCUCGGACCAUUAUGCCUCACCCUCCACCACGACUCUCGGAGCAAACAAGGUGAUCCUGGGUCUGGAGGAAGGCUUUAGUGGCAUGUGUGUGGGUGAAAAGAGAGAGGUGAUCGUUCCUCCGCACCAGGGGCACGGUGAAAAUGGAGCUGGAAUAGUCCCCAGGAGUGCCGUGCUCUUCUUUGAGCUGGAGUUGGUGGAUCUGCAGAAGGGAGUGCCUGACGGCUACAUGUUUGUGUGGCUAGGAGACAGCCCAGACCCCCUCUUUCCUGCUAUGGACCUUAAUGGUGACAAAGAGGUACCUUUAGAGGAGUUUUCAUCCUUCAUCAUGAUCCAAGUUAGAGAGGGCAAAGGCCGUCUCCGGCCAGGGCUCGAAGCUGACUUCAUCAUCAAGGACAUGUUCAAUAACCAGGACCGCAAUACAGAUGGGAAGAUUGUAGAGGAUGAACUGAAACUUAAGGUGGAUGAGGAGCCUGAACAAGUGAGACGAGAUGAGUUGUAAAGGGGACAUGCAGUGUUUCAGUGGUGGUAAGAAACAGCUAUGCACUAGCUGAGGCUAUACUGUUGUCUUAGCAACUGUCGUGCCACUAUUUUGCAAAUGUUUCAGAUACUGAAACAUUGUUUAGCCUUUAUUUAAGGUAUACAGACAGUUUGCCUUACUAGGUUCUAUCAAGAUAUUAAUGACCGCUCUUGCAGUAGAACCACGUUGGCAGCACAAGAAAACAUCUACAUUUGAGCGGUUAGGAAACAGGUGUUGAAAAUGUGAAAGAAAAAAUUAUAUCUGUACAGAAAAUCUCUUCCCCUCAAAGAUUUAACUCAAGCAUUGAUGUCAAACUACCUUACAAAUAUUUAAUCUAAAUUAGUCAAAUGGCGAAGUAUGGAUGCAAAGGAAAUUAUUGUGCAAUCAUUAUGUCAGACAUACUGUAUAUUCCAUGAACUGUGAGAUUUUACAGUGUGUAUUGUGCUACUCAUUGCCUCAGCAUAUUAUUUUAUUUGUGACCAAAGACUGUAUCUUCAUCUUGUGUUUUAGUGUUCUCCAAAGUUUUAUCAGCCAAAAAUAGCUCUUCUGAAAACACAUACAGCAUUUACAAAAGACACAUGUCCUGAUGUGCAGUGCUGGUCAUGUUGUCUUGUUUGUGUCUUUGAUGUUGUGUUAUGUUCAGACCUGUGGGACAGAACCUCACCAUUUUAUUACAACUGUAAUGUGUGAUGUGAAAAUAUUAAUUAUUAUGUCCGUAAAUAAAAGAGUUUCACCCUCA